AUGUCUGAUCCGGGACCGUCGGCUACGACUUCUGAACCGCAACCCUGUGAAGUCUGCUAUCUGGAGAAGGACGCCCAAUACAAAUGUCCAAACUGCAAGAUAGCUUAUUGCUCCGUGAAAUGCUAUCGCGGCGCAAAACAUCGUCAAUGCUCCGAACAUUUCUACAAAUCAAGGCUUGAUGAUCAUCUAAACGAAGGCUCAGAAGCUCCGGGGAUUGAGACCUUCGAUGAGCGCAUGAAAAAAUAUUUGGCUGGUGAUGGUGAAGAUGUGAAAGGCCUGGAUCCCGAAGAGGCCGACGGUGAAUUGGUUGAUUCUGACGAUGAGGGUGAAGAUGAAUAUCUGAAAAAGGUGCUCCAAGACGUUGCGGAUGAAUACGACGUGUCAGAAGAUGAGUUGGAUCGGAGACUUUUGAAAUUCAAUCUUGGCGGCGACGCGGAUGCACUACUUGAGAGCUUGACGGAAGAAGGCGCAAAGCUUUCGCUGGAUUGGCACAACAGAUCCCACGACGAUGAAGCUGAAAGCGACAGUCAUGCUUCCGAAAAAUGCUUCGGACUACUAGGUUUUGCGGCCGUUGUUGCGAAGGGACUGGAAACAGGUCGGCUCAGGUUUUGGCGAUCGGUGGAAGCUCCUUCACGGUAUUUGGGCGACCACUUCUACCCUCCAGCUCAACUAACGUCACGGCUACCGUCGUCGAAAAAACAGCAAAGUAUCCUGAGGCCCUACGUACACGAAAAUCAUCAGCAGGCACACUUCCUCAAUUGUGAGUACUUUGGAGCC